AUGAAGGAUGUGAUCCGGGCGGCGAGCGGGCUGGCGGAGCCCUACCAGGUGCUCGCCACCAUCUUCGAGGAGCGCGGCGAGGCGAGGAAGGCCAUGGACACGCUCUCCCUGUACGCCGCCCUCACCAGCGGCGAGGAGGCCUCAAGGAGCGAGGAGGAGCGGCAGUCCAUGGCCGAGCUGGCGAAGCUGCACCUGCAGCUGGGCAGGGUCGACGAGGCGAUCGUCGUGCUGUACCGGCUCUUCGAGCUGAGCGGCGACGAGGCCGUGGCGUGCGAGGUGGCGAGGCUGCUGCGGCUGUGCAAGCGCUGGCGCGAGUGCCACGAGCUCCUGGAGGCGUGCGUGGUCCGCGGGUGGCGGGAGAGGCCGCCGAGGAUCGACCUGAAGGCGGCGAUGCAGUUCUGCGACCUCCUGCUCGAGACGCGCGAGUUCCGGAAGUGCGCCUGCGUGCUCGUGCGGCUGCUCGGGCUGCGGUCCGCAGGGGCCCCCGACUUGCAUGGAGAGCGCGCCCCAGACAGCUUCCUCGAUGCGGAGGGCUUCGACGAGGCCCACCUGCGGGCGCAGCUGUCCAAGACGUACCCCGACCUGGUCGCCAAGCUGGCGGCGGCCGCCUGCCACAUGCAAGCGGCGGAGGGCGAAGGGGCGGACCUGCUGUGCCGGUGCUCCAUCGACGUGGUCACCGCGCACCCUGCGGAGAGCCACUUCGACCUGCACCUCUGCGUGGUGGACGCGCUGCUGGCGGACAAGAGCGCCGGGGACACCGCUGGCGGGGACUCCGAGGAGUGGCGGGCGCACCGCUGGCCGCGCCGCUCGGCGGUCUCGCGCCAGGCCGCGCUGCGGGCGCUGGCGGUGCUGGACGGCCUGGAGGCCGCCAGCGGCGGCGAGGACCUCCGGGAGCGCCGGGCCGCCUGUCUGUGGCUGACGGGGCGGCCGCGCGAGGCGGCGGAGCUGCUGGAGGAGGCGCUGGCCGAGUGCGGGGAGGAGCGCGCAGAGUGGGAGGUCCACCAGCUGCGCGUGCACGCGGCGGAGGCCUGGGUCGAGGUCGGCGAGCCGGAGAAGGCGGAUAGGUGCCUUCGGUCGCUCAGCUACGACGACCUUCAGCGGAGCAGCGAGGUCCCCCCCGCAAUGAGCUCCGAGCAGCGCUCGCAGCUCUACCAGGAGCUGGUGAAGUUCAUUGACCACGCGGACGAGGUCGCAAGCGCGGGCGGCGUCGUCGACCCGGACGGCCUGCAGCGUUUCUCCCGCAAUUUCAAGCGCUUGGUGCACGAUUGCGAGCUGGACCAGAAGCGCCUCAGCGUGCACACGGCCCGCACGGGCACCGUGGACGACGAGAGCCCAGACAGCACCGCUGCAGCGGGUCCCGCCGCCGCCGCCACCGCCGCAGCGGUCGCCCCCGACGCCGCGGCCCCCACCGGUGCCGCUGCGGAGGGCCCCGCCGCUGCCGCGGCCGCUCCGCCCACGCCCGCGGGGGCCCCGGGGGCGCUCGCGCUGCAGCCUGGCCCGCAGGAGGAGGGCGCGCUGGUGCCCGCGGCCGAGGAGACGGGCGUCCUGAGGGUGGCCAAGGCGGCCUGCCGCCGCAGGAGGCUGGAGCCGGGUCCAGGCCUGCCGUCGGCGAUGAUCUCCAAGUUCAGGCGCCGCAGCCUGGGCCUCGAGACGAUCGAGGACCUGUUCGGCUUCGAGGCAUACUUCUCCCUGCUGCUGAAGGGGGUGGAGCUCCUGAAAACCCACGCCCCGAACCGCGGCACUGCCUGCCACCGCAGGCUCGCGGAGCUGGCGCACUGUGUGGAGCUGUGCGAGAUGGUGCUUACGAAUAAGAGACUGGUGGCGCUACGCAACCCCAUGAAGCGCAAGCUCCUGCGCGAGUUGGCCAUGACCUCUGUGUCGCUGGCCUUCGAGGCGCGCCUCUGGCGCGUGGUCUUCAAACACCUGCGUGGGUUCUGCGACCAGAGCAACAACCAGGACGACAUCAUAGGGCUCGUCGCCCGGAUCCUCUUCAACCACGCGGACGUGAGGGCGCCGUCGGGCCCGCGCGCGGACGCGCGCAACGAGAGGACGGCGUGGGAGAGGCAGCCGAAGAACCAGGUCGCCUCGCGGUGGGGCAAGCGUGGCACCUACGCCUCCUCGGUCACGGACGUGCGCUCCUGGGCCCUGCGGCAGUUGCAGCGCCACCCCAAGCUGUUCGGUCUCACCCUGCUCUGCGCCCACUUCUGCGUCACGGCGUCCAAGUACGACUUCGCGGUCGCGGAGUACACUCGCGCCCACCGCCUGCGGCCACACCACGCGCUCACGUCGCUCUGCGCGGGAGUCGCCUACAUCUCCUUUGCAAUGUCGCGGACGGUGGCUCGCCGCCACGACCUCGUGCUGAAGGGCUUCGCGUUCGCCCAGCGCUACAAGAAGCUGCGGCUGGCGGAGGGAGUCGCCGGGACGGGGGGCGCGGAGGGCAGCCAGCGGGCAGAGUGGCAAGUGGACGAGGUGGCACGCCGUGCCGAGGCCGCGUACAACUACGGCCGGAUGUACCACCAGCUGAGCAUCAAUCACUUGGCCGUGGCCUGCUACGAGGAUGCACUCGACCAGCUGGAGGCCUUAGGGCGCAGCAGCGGCGCGGGCUUCCGUCCCGACCUUUGUGUCGUCAGGCACUCCUCAGCAUACAAUUUGGCGUGUCUGCUCCGUGCGCAGGGCGCCGUCGAGAUGGCGGACCAGGUGCUGAUGCGACACGUGACCUUUUGACGCGGUAGUGGCUGGCGGCGGCGUGGGCUUCCAACCGACCUGUGCGCCAGCAGGCACUCCUUCGCAUACACGUUCGCGCGCCUGCUACUCGCAGAAGGCUCCGUCGAGAUGGCGUAGCAGGUUUGAUGCGACACGUGACUUUCGCAGGCCGUUGUGGUUGGCGGUGGCCUUGGCUUCCAGCCGGCCUGUUUGCCGUGAGGCAAUCCUUCGCCGUGGUGGCCGACGGCGGCGUGGGCUUCCUGCCAUCCGUACUUGAUGUCAGGCAUGCGCGUGCACAUCGGAGUACUUGCUCUGUAUAGAGGGCGCCGUCGAGGUGGCGGACCAGGUGUUGAUGCGCCACGUGAUCAUCUAAAAUUGUGGUGGCCGACGGCGGCGUGGGCUUCCAGACAUCCUCGCUUGCUGCCGGAAGUGCGCGUGCCCAUUGGCCUGCCUGCUCCGCGAAGAGAGCGUCGAGAUGGAGGACCAGGUGCUGCAUCGCUACGUGGCCUGGCGCAGUGGCGGUUUGCGGCGGCGUGGGCUUCCGUCCCGACCCGCGUGGCAUCAGGCGGGUCUUCCCGUUCACCGUGGCGCGCAAGUUCCGAGCAGAGGGCGUCGUCGAGACGGCAGACUGGGUGCCGAUGCGCCGCGUAACCUCCCGACGCCGUGGGGCCGCCAGCGUUGCUCGGGCCCGAGCGAUGAAGUUCUGGUCUGGCAGCGUGCCUUCUUGGCGUGGCGCGUUCUCGCCGGGGCUGUGUCGUGUCUCCGAGUAGGAUUGGUGGAGGGCGGUCCGAGCAGAUAUGGACGUUUGCAGCAGGGUGAGUCCAGGAUUCCGGCCCGUGUCUUUAUUACGGUUCAGAUCUGAGGCGUAUUCAAGUGUGUUGCAUUUUUACUUUUGCGGCGACAGCCAGUAGCCCUACCUCGUUCGCUGGGUGUUCCCCUGUUAAGAUUAAACCUGUUCAUGCAGUUGCUCGAAAAUUCAUCUACUCAGCAUCAACUGCCGUUCAAUAGUUGCGUGC